AUGAGAAAUCAGACUCAUAAUUUUCCCAAAGUUAUAGAAUUGGAAGUGGCCGUGCUGCAAAACACAAGGGCAGACAGGAAUGAAGCUAGAGGGAUUGUUUCCAUUACUACCCUAACUGUGCUGGCCUAUGAACGUUAUAUUCGUGUGGUCCAUGCCAGAGUGAUCAAUUUUUCCUGGGCCUGGAGGGCCAUUACCUACAUCUGGCUGUACUCACUGGCAUGGUCAGGAGCACCUCUGCUGGGCUGGAACAGAUACAUCCUGGACGUACAUGGACUAGGAUGCUCUGUGGACUGGAAAUCCAAGGACGCCAACAACUCCUCCUUUGUGCUUUUCUUAUUUCUUGGCUGUCUGGUGGUGCCUCUGGGCGUCAUAGCCCAUUGCUAUGGCCAUAUUCUGUAUUCCAUUCGAAUGCUUCGUUGUGUUGAAGAUCUUCAGACAAUUCAAGUGAUUAAGAUUUUAAGAUAUGAAAAGAAAGUGGCAAAAAUGUGCUUUUUAAUGAUAUUUAUCUUCCUUAUCUUUUGGAUGCCUUAUAUCGUGAUCUGUUUCUUGGUGGUUAAUGGUUAUGGACACCUGGUCACUCCAACAGUAUCUAUUGUUUCAUAUCUCUUUGCUAAAUCAAGCACUGUAUAUAAUCCGAUUAUUUAUAUCAUCAUGAUCAGAAAGUUCCGAAGAUCUCUUUUGCAACUGCUAUGUUUCCGACUGCUGAGAUGUCAGAGGCCUGCUAAGGACCUACCAGCCAAUGGGAGUGAAAUGCAGAUCAGACCCAUUGUGAUGUCACAAAAAGAUGGGGACAGACCAAAGAAAAAAGUGACUUUUAAUUCUUCUUCCAUUAUUUUUAUCAUCACCAGUGAUGAAUCACUAUCAGUCGAUGACAGUGACAAAACCAGUGUGCCAAAGGUUGAUGUAAUCCAAGUUCGUCCUUUAUAGGAAGGAAUAAUGGUAAUGAAAGAUGAGGCCUCCUACUGGAAACCACUUCUAGACUUCCAUUUUAAGGACUGUUUUGGAAUCCCCAUUCUAUGUAAUAUUUUGGGGGAGGAAAAACUUUCUUCUGCCCUAAAAGUUUCUUCUGCCUGGUGUAGGAAUAAAAUUGACAUGAGACAGAUUAACAGGAGAAAAAAAACCCGAAAGUUUAAUUCUGUGUGCACGGAGUCCCAAUAAUAAAAUUGAGACCCAAAGAAAUGAGCAAGACAUGUAGCUUUUACACAUUUUAAACAAAGAGACAUAAAUCUAUAAGGAAUUGACAGGACAGGAAAACUCAUGUUUGGGAGCUUCGAUCAGUAAAGAAUUCUAAAUGGGAUUUGGGCUGGGUAGUAAUUUAGUAAAAGUAAGGUUUAUUUAUGUAGGUUUUUUCAGCCCUCAAUUCUCUCUCUCUGAUGAUACAGAUGUCUCUCUACCCCCUGCUUUAGGGAGGUACUUGUCACACAAGAGAUUUCCUGCUUUCAGGGGGACAAAGGAAGGUCAGACUGUCUUUUUUGCACUUGCUGUUUCUUAAGGAAGUUUAAUUCAAAAUUGUGGCAUAUUUUGGGGCAGCAUGCCCUGGGCUCCCACAAUAUCAACAGAACUUUUGUGGCUCAGCAGGAAAUCUGAUUUGCCCAUAUGCUUUCUAGUCUCUGGAAGCAACUGAGCAAGACAAUUGUUUUAAUUCAAUGGGUGCUUUCCAUAACAAAAAACCACUUAUGGCACAAGAUGGGCAUCUGGCACCAUCAACUUCUUACAUGUUGAAAAUUUUCAUUUUGAAUAUAUUUUUUUAAAUGACACUAUUUUCCAAGGCACAUAAUACAGUUUUCUCAAAAAUACUUAGCUGUAUUCACAGCUCAAAAAUGGCUGUAAAAAUAACUUUGUAUCAUACAUGUGUGAAAUCACUAGGAAAUCUCAAAUUUUCUGUAGUGUUGGAUCCUAUUCACAGUCACAUCCUCUUUUUGACCAAAUUUAUCAAAGAGACAAUUCCAGGGUGAAAAAGAAAAUCAGCACCUUGGCUUCCUCUGAAAAAAAAAAAGACUUGCUGUAUGCAGUAUGAUAUAGAGGAGCUUCAAGAUGAAUAAGCAAGGUGUUAUCCCUCAAGCACAUGCUCUGAGAUUAGUAAAUAAAUCUUCCCCCAUUUCCUAGGCAUUUUUCAAACUCUUGCUUCUAUACUAUAUUGUAUAGUAUAUAAGCAAUGCUGCUAAGCAAGCUCCAGAAGGAAUAUUAAAAAGCAACCCAGGAAAGAAAAGGUGGUGAAUUUCAAAGUAAUCAUGGAGGCUAGGGAAUCAUACAUUAGCAGGGGAUGUACAUGGAAAGGAUGUGUUGAUGGCCGAUAAGUAUUUCCAUGUUUCAUUUCAAACAUAACUCGGCAAGAUUAUCUUCUCUUCUUGACAAUUUGCCACAAUUUUGCCAAGAGUUUUGGGUUUAGAAAAGGAGUUCCAAGCAAAAAAUUAAACAAACCUACAUUUGAAGGGGAUGAAAGUAAGUGUAAAACUGUACUCAUAAAAUGUAUUAUUUAAUCCUUUUUGCUCUUCAGUCAGUCUACUGGCUAAUCAAUGGUCAGUGUUAGUGAAGAUGCUAUUUUCCCAUGAGUCAUUGUUUAGACUACACACAGCUCAUUAGAACUCAAGGAUUUCUUUAACUAUAUAAAAAAGAAACUGAACCAUUUAAUUUUAUUGCUUAGUUUUUAUUUCUUAGAUGACUGUCCUACUGGUGUAGCAUCUUCAUGAUUAAUCAUGUCUGAAAGAAUUCUGAGUGUUUCAGUUGCUCAACUGAAGAAGGAAGAACCAAAGAAAAUGUUUUCACUAAAAGAACUUUUCAAAAUCAAGUUUAUCGCUGGUUAGUAAACUGCUUCUUGAGAAUCUCAAAUGGAAUAAUUUCUAUAAAAACUGUCUUCCCUUAUUUCCUUUCCACUCUGUUGUAUAUAUCGAUGUUUAAUUUGUAAAUAAAACUCUUAUUCUUCACUUA